GCUGAGGUGUCUGGCAGGAGGCUGUGAGAGAUUUUCCAGGUGAAGCUGAUCGUGUUUGGCAUAUAUACAGUAAUGUGUGAUGCCAUGAUGGAAUUCACGGGACUGCUACCACGCCAAGGCAGUUCUGAAAAGUCACGCAAGAGGAUAAUCAGCAACUUCGAUGUUUUGGAAGACUUUGAUGAUGAUGACAGUCUACUUGAGGCGGGAUCAAUGAAGAUGUCAAAGAUGUCUUUUGAUUCCGUCUCAAACUCUGGUGACAGACAGAACCACAGUGAAAUUGAGAAGCGGAGACGGGACAAGAUGAACACUUACAUUAUUGAGUUGUCUUCCCUUUUACCGAUGUGUAGUUCCAUGAGCCGAAAGCUAGACAAAUUGACAGUGUUACGGAUGGCUGUUCAACAUUUAAAGUCACUACGAGGAUCAGCCAGUGUCUGUUCAGAGAAAACAUCACGACCAUCUUUUCUUUCCGAAGAUGAAAUGAAACAUCUAAUUUUGAAGGCUGCAGAGGGCUUUCUACUUGUGGUGAGCUGUGACCGUGCUAGAAUCCUUUACGUGUCUGAGUCGGUGAAAAAUGUCCUCUGCUACUCAAGGAAUGACUUGAUAGGACAGAGCUUGUUUGACUACCUACACCCUCGAGACAUCAGCAAGGUGAAGGAACAGUUGUCGUCAUCUGACGGGUCUCCACGGGAACGACUCAUUGAUGCCAGAACAAUGUUGCCGGUGAAGACUGAGUUUACCCACCGACCAACACCUACCCAUUUGUGUUCCGGGGCCCGAAGAGCUUUUUUCUGUCAGAUGAAGUGUGGCAACCGGGACAUGACCUCAAUUAAAUCAGAAAAGGAUGACAUUGAUUUCUGUCACAGGCGGAAAAAAUCAGACCGGAAGUCGUACAUUUUGAUACACUGUGCGGGAUACCUAAAGUCGUGGUCCACAUCCAAAGUUGACAUUGGUGAGACAGAUGAGGCUGACGACAACUGUAACCUCAGCUGUCUGGUGGCCGUGUGUCAGGUGAAGUCAUCCCUCGACCAGUUACAGAUCUCCACCAACGACAAGAUCAACGUCCGACCCAUAGAAUACAUCUCCAAACACAGCAUAGAUGGCAAGUUCUCCUACAUUGACCAGGGGGCCACCAUCUUGCUAGGGUACCUUCCUCAGGAGCUGUUGGGCACAUCAGUGUACGAGUAUUAUCACCAGGAUGAUGUCAUGGAGAUGGCUGAAACACACAGGAAAGUGCUGAAGUCAAAGGAGAAGGUGGAGACAUGCGUGUACCGGUUCAAAAUUAAGGAUGGGUCCUUUAUACAUCUGCGAUCUCGUAUCUUCAGUUUUCAGAACCCUUGGACUAAGGAAGUCGAAUACAUUGUGUCUACAAACACUAUCAUACCUUCACAGGAAGUGAGCAGCUCAGGACAGGAAAUGAGCACUGUGAGCUCUGGGAUAGGUUUUGACAGCGAAGACAAUAAUUACGAAGACAACGAAUCAGAAAUUCAAAGUCAGCCUGAUCGUGGGCGAGUAAAUGUGCCAGGAGUGGCUGGUGGAACACGUUUGGGGGCUGGUCGCAUUGGCAGGCAGAUAGCGGAGGAAAUUCUGGAAUUACAACGUGGCCAGAGCAGUAACACAUCUACCGCCUUAGCAGACAGUACCAAUCCUGUUGGCACUCCCUCUCCCGAAUCUCUUGUCAAUAGUACAACAACCAGAACGCAGUUUGUGACCACUACAUCAGUAUCAUCGGCCUCAUCAACCCACCUCCCUUCAGGAUCAUCGGCCUCAUCCCCCCACCUCCCUUCAGGAUCAUCCAAUCUUCUCAUCACAUCCACAGCCACAUGCCCUGCACCCCUCAAUGGCCUGUCUAUCAAGUCUACCACACCGAGCACCAAUAUACCAUCCUGUUGGAUGUCCGAGUCCAGCUUGAUAGAGAAUGUGAUUGCAGAACAACAGGCAAUAGAGGACAUGGAUGGCUCUGAUGGCAAUGACGAGGCAGCAAUGUCCAUUAUUGUGAGCCUUUUGGAGGCUGACGCAGGCCUGGGUGGACCUAUAGACUUCAACGACAUCCCUUGGCCACUAUGAUUGUACAGGGGGCAAGGUUCUACAUGCUUUGCUCCACAAAACCACACCCUUCAAAAUAUAAGAGGGGCCAAGCUGUAUCACCUUGCUCCCAACAACAACUUCCUUCUGAGUACCGGAGAGGUUAAAAUAUAUGAUCUUUGCCCUGAAAAAAUAUUUCUGUUAUGGGAAUUAAUAAUUACAUUUCCAUGGACAAUGACAUUUGUCAAUUUACAAGAUGGAGAAAUUUGUAAGUUUGUUGUUCUUUCUUCAUAUCUUAGUACAGUAUUGAUAACAUGAGGGCCUUGCUCCAGAAGACAACAUUUCAUUGCCUUGGCUAGUUUAUUGGCCAAGGUUCCCAAUGUGCUCCAGGAAAUACAUCUCUGUUCAGUUACAGAAGAGGCAGGGCAGUGUUACCUUGUGUCUGUCAGAGAAAUCCCAUGGCCUACACUAGAGAUGAUUUUCGGGAACAUUAAGAUAAAGAAAAUUGUGAUAUUAGUUAAAUAAGUGAUUUACCUGAAAGGUUUUAUAUUAGUUUAUAAAGUGCAUUUGAACCCAACAUUAUUAUGACGGAUGUGGGAAAGGAUGACCAAAAUGGAAAAGAGACAUCUGGAAGAUGAUUCCCUAAUUUCCAUGGAGGAAGAAGGUGCUCAAAGAUAUCUUUGUUGUCAUUGUUUGUAAUAAUAAGCUUUAAAGAUACUGUGAUGAUAAGGGUUGAAUCAAUUUGUCAAGGACAAUCUCCUAACCCUGUUGUUUAUUGUUUGUUACAUGAUGUGGAGUUCUGAUGGCUAUAGUUUCGUGAUAGUUGUUGUUUUGGCUACUGUUGGAGGUGGCAAUUUAUUUAUAUAUAUUAAUAUAUAUAUAUGACACUGACAGCUCAAAUAUUGUAAUCAGUAAAUGAAUAUUUUUGUGUGUGAAAUAUGAUAUAGAAUUCCAAAACAAGAAUACUCCAUUUGACCAGUUUUAUGCAAACCACUGGAUAUGGUGAUCCCCUUGUGUUUAUAUUGUCGUCCUAUGUACUCCUGUUACUUUGUAUGUAUUUUUGUAUCAAAAAGAUCAAGAUGUUUUAAUCGAAAAGCUGCCUUAAGCUAAAUGAGGACAUGGAGAUGAGUAUUUUACUGUAACUAAGUAAAUAUAGAGAAACAGUGUAGAAUUAUUGUAUUAAUUCUUUAAUGUGAUUCUGUGCUAAUCAAGUGUGCAAUCUGAUUAAAUUAUGGUUCACUUAGCCUUAAUUAAGGGCCAAGUGAGCUUAUGCCAUGCCACAGCAUCUGUUGUCAUCUUUAAAAUAGAAAAAAAAACACUUCUAUAGAACGGCCAAGAGGAUUUCUACUAAAUUUGGUCAUUAAAAUAACACAUAUAUGGUAUGGAUAAGAGAUUUUAGGCAAAAUUUAUCUGGAGCAUCACUGGGGCAAAGGAACUCCACAUUAUAUAAACUAGAAGGUGUAAUCACAUGAGGUAGGGGGUAGUGCUCAAUAGGGGAAAUUUGGUAAAUCUUCAAAAACUUCAUCUAUACCAUAACAAGGGGAUUUAACCAAAUUUGGUCUAGUGCAUCCUCAUAGACUUAAGAGACUCAACAAUCUUAAGUGUUGAAAUAAACAUUAUUUUAGAUUAUUAUCCCCUGCAGAAAUUAAAUAAAGAAAGUGAUUUUUUUCAUUUAAUUUGGUGUAAGUUAUCAUUUAAUGUAGGAUGCCCCUACCCUCCAUCAACAGUUUAUAAGAAGAAAGUAUGGCCAAACUGGGGCAGAUGAUUCCUGAGUUUAGUCAUUUUUGUUUGUUCUCACUUACAUUUGUUGUACUCUUUUGAUGACUGUGCAUAUACCAUAUUUGACCCACAGCAGUUUAAAUCAAAAGUUUAAGACCAGGUGAGCUUUUAGGCCACUUGGCCUCUUGUUAAUGAAAACAGGGAUAAUGUAUUGUUUUAACCAAAAUUUGCCUUAAGCUAUAUAGUGCAAAAUAGAAUUUUUCUUCAUAUCAGAUAAUAUAUGUAACAUAUAUUUAGUAUUGGGUAUUCCAAUUGAAUAAAAAAAUUAAUGUAGAAGAAAUUUUUACCCUGAUAUUAUUUUUCCGAACCCCAUGCUUGUAGAACAUUGGCUUAACGAGGUUGUUUUUAAUGAACUUGCAUGUAUAAAAAAUGUUUUUACCUGAAUUUUUUACCCAAGUCCCAAUGAAGGAGGGACAGUGAUUUUGAUACUCAGGAUGUUAGUUAUGUUUUAUCAACUUUAGAGCAAGUUUCUGAAGUGUGCAUUUUCCAAACCAUGUUCUUCUCAGUGGACUGUAAACCAUCAUUAGUACAUUUGUCACAAAAUUCCAUUUUUUCUGUUGAUACAAUGUAAGUACAUCAGUAAGUCUUUAGUGAGAUAUCUUUUUCCAUUAUUGUGUUGUUUGUAGUAAGAGACUAUCUCCUUAACUCACACUUGUGACCCCACCACCCAUCCAAAAAAUAAAUUGAGUCUGAAAUUCUUUGGGUAAAUGAAACACUGAAUUUGACACAAAUAUUGUCCAUUAAAGUCUGUCAAACCUACUGUAACGUGAGCUCAUUUAUUCAUGACGGCCAAUAUUACUGCUCCACACAGUUUAUUAUACAUGUAUUUCCACAUUAAAAUGGAAAGUUAGGACUGGGCAAAUGUAUUUAUUACCGUUGAUGGGCGAGUAUUUUACUACGUGAAAAGUUCCAAUUAUACCGUAUUUCAAGGUCCCAAAUAUCUUUUACCUUACUGUUUCUUUACAUUUCUCUCUUUUGAUGUAUUGACAAACCUCUAGAUAGUAGCUGGGUUUUACUGGACAGAUGGCGGCACUAUCUAACAAGGUUUUCUGUUCAACUGUGUGAUUGUACAGAAGACUGUUCAUGCUAUACAGAUUACUAUGUAAUUACUGCACAACAGACUUCCUUACAAGCAGGACUGUUUUAAAUUUUGUGUCGGUAUCAGUUUAUCUUAAGCAGUUUACCAAUUUAUUUAAAUAUGUUUCAAUUUUGUUUUAAAUUUGAUGACAUAUCAAGGUAAUCGUACACUAAAUACAGAAUAUUUUGACCCCUAUUUCCCAAAACUUGUACCUGGGAAUUGUAAGAAAGACCCGAAAAAGUGCUGGCGUGUCAUCAAGUGUCACCAAUGAACAAUGCCAGGAUACAAAUUGUACUGCUUAUCUAUCCUUUUCUUCAGUAACACUGGAAUUCAUUUCAGAAUGCCCCAAAUGCAAACCUUUAUUUUGAACAACACUGGGCACCUUCUGUUUAUAUUGAUAAUGGGAAGAUAAACUGACUGUAAUAUCAUAAAAAGCAUGCUUUUAGGCUUUUAGUAAAAAGCAAAUGAAGGUAUAGUGUACAUAUAUAUCUAUAUAUAUUUAUAAAUUGUUACAUAUUAUUCAUGAUAAUACAGACAACGAUUUUAAUUAAAAACUUUUUCGUAGAUUUAGGCCAUUUUGAUCAAGGCCUGUUUUACCUUUUGUCCUAUUGUACAUUUCGGGUGAUUUAUGUAGAUUUGUGAAUUACCAGAUGGCAAAGUAAAAUAUGAUUUACAACGAACAUGGUAUGAAGAAUGAAGAAUGAUUGUUUGAUAACUUCAAAUCACUUUGAUUUUGCAUGUUAGUUUCUAGCAAGUUGUGCCUACCGGUUUUAUUCACUCAUGUAUGCUUGUAUUUACGAUUAAAUGGAUGUUUUUUCAACUGUGACAGAAAUCAGUUUUUGUCUGGUACUGUUGGAGGGGUCUUUAGGUUCAACCGUUUGCAGUAUGUAUGUUAUUCCACUGUCAGUCAGUCAGUGUUUGCAGUAUGUAUGUUAUUCCACUGUCAGUCAGUCAGUGUUUCAUUUUGUCCAGAGUGUAUCCAACAUACUCUUUCUGCUUAAUUUGUCAAAUUUUGUGUUUGAGUAUUCUUGGUAUAAUGGAAUGAAAAAAAAUCUAACUUUUUGGCCCACUACAUGUACAGUUAUUGCCCUUUGUUUACCAUUGUCACUUUGUCUGGAGCAUUAUCUGAUGUAAGAUACCCUACCUUUAUCAAAUGUUGUGAGUACCUGUAAAGGUGGAGUGCCCAACAAUGUAUAGAGUAAGGUUCUUUGUUCAUUUUUGAUACCAGAUUUUGUCUGGAGGCAUAAAGGGACCACGGGUUUCUCGCACAUCUUUGUCUCAUUAUUAAUGGAGUUGAUAUUUCCAGAAGAUAAUAAUUUUCAGAUUAAUCACUUGUAAAAAAUGAAAAAGUAAUUGACCGUAUUGAAAAAUAUAUAUUGUAAGGUUUACAUGCCCUCAAGGAAACCAAAUGUACAAUCAGUACCAUUAUGCGCCUUGUGUACAUCUCCAGUAUAAUACAGCCGUACCAUUGUCUGCUGUACUUUACCAUCAUGUACAGUAUAUCCUUGUUCAAAAGGUGAUUAGAUUAAUCAUUGUUUAACGACAUUUUUCAAUCUCUAAUAAUUUAGUCAUUAUACAAAGUAAAGCCUAUACGUUUUGCAUGUACUUUACUCUGAUGUAAUAUAAGCUAUCUGGAAAAUUUUAACUCAGUGUUUUAAAGAUACACCAAAACUUAAAUUUGCGCUAAUCACUGAUUAAGCUAAUCACCAUUUGAACAACUGGGCCUGAAAUCCUAAUUCAUGACAACAUCAAAUUACAUGGACAACAAGACACCCUAACCUGACUGUGGCAAUCGUCCAAUAUACAAACUGGUAAUGCUAGGAAGUACUUAACCUGUGGAAGACUGGCAUCUUCCACAGGGCAGUCACUGACUCUUGGUCAGUUCUCCUUGUCACUUCAUGUCAUAGCAUCUUGGCUAAGCAUUGACUCUAUGGGCCACUUGCCCUGGAAAGACUACUCAAAUUCUACAUACAAUAUCACUCAAUAAAAUCUAAUGCACAUUGAAGACUUUUUAAAUACAUGUACUAAAUAGGUACAGUAGCAAUACAUAGUGGGGUUCUAAAAUUGUCUAAUGUUAAGGAAUAAUUGAAAAAACAAAGAGGAUUUAUUUAUUUUUUUAUUUCAUAAAACUGUUCAAUUGAUUUUGAAUUUAUCUUGAAAUCAGAAUGUGGAGUGGCAAAGUAUUGUGAAUUUCAAGAACAUUCCAAGAAGAUGUAUAGAGUUUUGUCAAUGAUGCAGAGGAACUAAAAGUUGUUGAUAUUCGACAGAGGAUUUGUUUUUUAAAUACAAAAUAAAAUAAGUCUGCAAUGUUGUACAUUGCUAGAACAUUAAUUAUUUUAACUUAUUUAUUACUGGGGUAGUUUUCUUUGGGGGGACAAUUUUUUGUUUCCUACUUUAAUUUAUGACGCUUGCUAGUUUUCUAAUUUGUACACUUUUAGACACUUUUAGGGCUUGUUAUAUAUGUUAAAAAGAUAGUAAAAUAUUUGUUUUAUUUAUGAAUUGUUUAUUAAUUAGUUCUGAAAUUUAUGUUGCAGUUGUUAAUAUAUUAUUGAAUAAAAUUAUGCCUGUAGUUAAAUGAAAUUUAAUAUCUCUAUAAUACCUGAUUUUUUCCUCAAUAAACUUUAUAAAUCAGUGUUGUAUUGAAUGAAGUAAUUUCAUUCAGUAAAAUUUGAUAUACCCAGAUUCUUUAAUAUUUUUUUCAUUUACCAUGAGUUUUGUUUUCAGAUUUAUUUUCAUUCCAACCCAAACUGCGAUACCAUGCUGUAUGAAGCUCCACAUGUCAUUUAAAAUAUAAUCUGCAUUGAUCUGUUUUAUUUUAAUUUUAAUAGGGGGUGGGGGAUGGUUCAUUGAAGACGAGGUGACUAAAACUAAUUUGCCAAGUCCAGUACAUUGAAAGAGAGGAGGGUGGCUAUAAGGGGGAGUCCGGUAUUGAAAGAGAGGAGGGUGGCUAUUAGGGAGAGUCUGGUAUUGAAAGAGAGGAGGUUGGCUAUUAGGGAGAGUCUGGUAUUGAAAGAGAGGAGGUUGGCUAUUAGGGGGAGUCUGGUAUUGAAAGAGAGGAGGGUGGCUAUUAGGGAGAGACUGGUAUUUAAGGAGGGGGUCUGAUUGGGUAAGUACAUUGAAAGAGAGGAGGGUGGCUAUUAGGGAGAGUCUGGGAUUUAAGGAGGGGUUCUGAUUGGGUAAGUACAUUGAAAGAGAGGGGGGGGGCUAUUAGAGGGAGUCCGAUAUUUAAGGAGGGGUUCUGAGUGGGUUAGUACAUUGGAAGAGAGGGGGGUGGUUAGUAGGGGGAGUCUGGUAUUUAAGGAAGGGUUCUGAUUGGGUCAGUACAUUGAAAGAGAGGGAGGUGGCUAUUAGAGGGAGUCCGAUAUUUAAGGAGGGGUUCUGAGUGGGUUAGUACAUUGAAAGAGAGGAGGGUGGCUAUUAGGGAGAGUCUGGGAUUUAAGGAGGGGUUCUGAUUGGGUAAGUACAUUGAAAGAGUGGGGGGUGGCUAUUAGGAGGAGUCUGGUAUUUAAGGAGGGGUUCUGAUUGGGUAAGCACAUUGAAAGAGAGGAGGGUGGCUAUUAGGGAGAGACUGGUAUUUAAGGAGGGGGUCUGAUUGGGUAAGUACAUUGAAAGAGAGGGGGGUGGCUAUUAGGGGGAGUCUGGUAUUUAAGGAGGGGUUCUGAUUGGGUAAGUACAUUGAAAGAGAGGGGAGUGUCUAUUAGGGGGAGUCUUGUAUUUAAGGAGGGGUUCUGAUUGGGUAAGUACAUUGAAAGAGAGGGGGGUGGCUAUUAGGAGGAGUCUGGUAUUUAAGGAGGGGUUCUGAUUGGGUUAGGUUUCAGGUAAGCUUUUGUGGUUUAGUUCAGAAUUCAGAUUUUUUUCUUUAUCGUUUCACUUUUAUUAUCUGUGCCUUAACUCUUUCUGUACAAACUAUUUAAUUGAUGCCAUAGUUUUGUUGAUGUCUUAUGGCCUUUGUGGUACUGAAAGAGUUAAUAGCAUAUACUUGUAAGUUAAUAUAAAAAAUGGCUACACAGAAAUAUUUUACUUUUAAAGACAUGGAAUACGAGUUGUGCAUGUUAAAAAAAACCAAUGAAAUAUCCAACUUUUGACAGUUCCCUAGACUAUAUACUUCAGGCAAUUUAUCAAUGAAUUUCCAAAUAUUCUACUUUGAAAACAAAAAUUUCAAUGACUGUCAUGCCUGCCAAGUUCUCGUCAAUGAAAUGAGGGUCAUACAGUCAAAAUGCAAGUCAAACGAACUAAUUGCAGGUCAUUUCAAUAAAUUUAACGUUCAUCCAUAUCAACUGCAUAGCAUUUAAAUUAUUUUAGAUUUCCUUUAAAUUUCCUACUUUGUCUUUUCUAGGGAAUAUUGUAAUAUUCAAAGCUUAAACAAGAAACUGCCAAUGGCGAUAUUGCCGGAUUGCUACAGUACAUUUUCAGGUAAAGCAUCACAUGUGAUAAGCAUCCUUUAAGAUACAUAAGCCAUGCAAGUUUAGUUGGUGUAGGACAAGUAGUUGCUUGGUUAUUGACCUGGUCAGUCAAGCUGAAAAUGUAGGUCAGAAGCAGCAUCCGAAGCAUCGCAUGUGAUUAACAUCCUUCGAUACAUAAGCCAUGCAAGUUUAGUUGAUGUGGGAUAAUUAAUAACAUGGAAACUGAGCUUAACCAUUCUUCUUAACCUUAGUGCAGACAGACGGACGGACAGACAGACGGACGGGAAUCGCCAAUCUAUGAGCCCUGAUUGUGUUGCAAUCCAGCCAAAAAUGCUACUUUAAACAAAAAUUUUUCUAAACAUUUUCUUCAGGUUGGUAAGUAUGUAUUAUGAGAAGUUCUUUUUACGCAACUAAUAAAUUGUUCUAUGUGACGUUGCGAUGACUAGUACGAUAUGUAAACUGUCACCUUCAUCAGACAAAUGACCAGUGAAGCGUAUGCACACAGAGGUGUAAAAUGUGAACGAGUUGUCCAUAAAAUCGAUGUCGGUUUCGGCUACGCUUGAAGCUACUGUAAACCGUUUUCAUUGUUUGGAUAAGCAAUGCAAAUGCAGGAGAUUCCAAAAUCUGUGCAGGUCACGGAGGUCAUCAAUCAGGCAUGGACCGUUGUAGAUUAUGAAUAUAGGUUAGGCUUGAUUAUUUUAAGUUGAAGAGAAUGUUAUGAACUAUCCCUGUUGAAUUUUGUUUAUCUAUUAUUUACCAAGGUUACUGCUUUGUGGCAGUUUGGAUUGUGUAUUUAACUCCAGUGAUAAUAAACAUGCAGUUGACAGCUGCACAAGUCUG